UAGUUGUUGAGAUACAUAAAUCGUAAGUCGUUUGCGAAUUUUCAAGUAAUAAGACCUGAAAUAAAAUUGUGAGUGCCAUGGUUUUAUAGUUAAGCCGGCCUAUGCUUGCAUAUACUGUCAGUGUGAUGUGUCUGCAGUUGUUUUUUUUUACCAAGACAACAUUUUUCCAUGAGGAGUGGCUUUUAGAGCGGAAAUAUUAACAACAAACUAUUCACUCCUUUUUUGUUGUUUCAAAUUAUCGAUAAAACUAAUUAGUCAGCGGAAUCUUCGUAGCUUCUUGAAAGAAUCCGGGGAGGAAAAGAUUCUUCAUGAAUUGUAGUUAGUCUACUAUCGUCUGAACACCGUUCACUUGCAUCUCAAAAUACAUUAUUUAUAUCUUCGUAAGUUUAUGUCUACAUCAGGCAUUUAAAACAUGUGUCUAAGGUCUAUCAGUGUUCUGCUGAGUUGCUUAUGACCCCACUUAGUCACUGAAGUAAACAGGAAGCCUGACUGGUUAUCCAGUUGGGAUUCCUAAGUCACUCAAAUAUUUGCAUCGAUGUGAUUAAAUAAAGUAAUGAGGUUUAUUAACUGACUCAUUACUAUCACUAAUAAUGAGUGUAUCAUCCAAAUAACGUCUAUAAAGCGUUGAAUUUGCCAGUAUACCUUCCAUUUCUUUCUCCAACUUUAAAAUAAACACGUCUUCUAACACCCAAAAGUUUUUUCCAUCGCAACACUAUCAAUUUGUUUGCGUGCUUUUCCUUGGAAGUUGAAUGUAAUAUUUUCUUAACAUGUCAAGGUAGUAUCUCUGAUCUAAAUGAUAAGUAAAGGAAUUUGUAUUCCAUAGCUUAUGAUGUAAUCGCACAUGGAAUCAACAGUCUUGUGAAGUGGAACAUUGGUGGACAGUGAUUCUGUGUCAAAUGAGCACGCACUUUUUUCCUUAAUGCUUGAAGUGACGAGUACGUUGACAAAAUCGAAUGGACUUUUAGUAGUGUUUCGUUAAGGAAUCGCUUAAGGGUAAAAUGACCUCUGUAACCCAUCUGAUAACUUUUGGUAUGAAGAAUUCGACGUGUCUAAGAUGAGUCUUACUGAGUUCCCAGGCUUGUGAAAUUUUGAAAGAGUAUAUAGCUGUUUAAUUUGUGGAUGGUGACUAGCAGCAGAAUUCAAGGUGCGUAUUUCUUCCUAUUUAGGACUCGUCACUGGAUGUACCUGCAUUUCCCAGUGAGUGAUGGUGUUCUCACCAGGGCUAGAGCCCAGUGCCCAUAGUUUCAAACACCAAAGCAUUAUCCACUAGACCACUUGGGCCACGAGAGCCACCUCUUGUGCGUCUGCACAAGCCGACAUACCACCCUGAUAAAGAGCACUUCAGUUCAAUCAAUCGAUGGGAAAAUCUAAAAUUCAAUUAAAGUAUGCAACUGUAGUUAUGCAAUCUGAUUGCGUCGAGUUACUUAUUUAAUGUUUCAUUUAAAAACCACAUUAAAUAACAUAUGAAGCUGGCAAUUAAUCUGCUUUUCAAUAAGCAAAACAUUAUCUGCAGCAUUGUCUAUUUCAAAUUUAGAUUAAUUCUUGAAAAUUUUAUCCGUUUUCUUUAAGUAAUCAGGUUUAUUCAUGAUAACACCAUCUCCUUUAAUAUUGUAUAAGAGCUUGCCUUGUAACCGGAAGUUCCUGGGUUCGAACCCCGGUGGGUAUGUACUGCUGAUGAUUCCCAAACUAGGAUGAAACAGCUGCCUAGUACUCUCUGCUGGUUUCCAAUGGUUCUCUAACUGAUAACAAUUCUCGAUCAACUCGCAAAAACAAAUCCAAUCCUUACAAACCAACUAUUAAGAAAGUAAUCAGAAUUGUCUACCAGUUUAAGUUUGAACCAUUCAAGACCAAGUGGCUGAACGAUUGACAAGCUAUGUCAUGUAACCUGAAGGUCCAUGGUUCGAUCCCUGGUGGGGUCGUCGGUGUGCAGUACUGAAGAGCUCUGAAGUGGGACGAAACAGCUGUGUCUAGCGCUCCUUGUUUUUCAAUGAUCUCUCUUACUGAUAUUGUUUCGUGACGUAAUUUGAUAAUUGAAAUAAAAUUGAUCCAAUUCCCAACAAAUCCCAGUAUCCAAAUAUCGUUAUCGUUUCCAUCAGACUAAAUGGUUAACUGUAAGCUUAACAUGUACUUCAAAUAAAGUUUGACACUGUCAGAAAAAGAAACGUUACCCUCUGUUGAAAGAAGCAACUUUCGGACAUUUUCAUUAGAUGAAAUAGAUCCAUAAGAUGUAAAUUUGAAGUGCAAAACAACUCACCUAUUUCUGUAGGUCGGUUUUAUUACUGGCGGUGAAGUAAGGAGUGGUAUUGCUUUCAUUGAAGUAUUGUUAGACCAUCAACAUUGAACGCGUGUUUUAUCUGGUUGCGCUUGACUUCAGACUAUCAAUGAAGUUAAUCAUUUACAAUACUGAGCAAUGGAUUAAGCCACGAUACUUUAAUUGAGGCAUGUAACAUGACUGAAAGGCUUAUCAGCGCAGACAUUUGCACCACAGUGCAUCAGUACAAGUUAAUAGACCUUGGAAAGCACGCAAAGGCAGAGAAAAGAAUUGGUUGGAAGGUUUCAUCAUGACCUGACAUCAGUUAUAGAACCAUUGGAAAACCUGGGAGUACUGGACAACUGUUUCGUCCUAGUUUGGGACUGCUCGUCAGUACGCAGUAACUCAUCGAAGAAGACAUUGUAAAGGGGUCACGCUACGUUACGAAUUGGCAGAAGCUAGAAUUUAUGGGCCAUCUAGUCGAGUCCCAGUAGCUUAAUCGUUUAUGAGCUCGCUUUGUAAUCAGAAGGUCCUGGGUUUGACCCCUGGUGGUGUGGGUGCGUGCUGAUGAGGAGUCCCAAACUAGGACGGGUGAAAGAGCUGUCUAGUACUCCCAGGUUUUCCAGUGGCUCUCUAACUGAUGUCAGCUCAUGAUGAAACCUUUCAACCAAUCAAACACAAUCCCUACAAAACCAAUACGUGUAGAGAAAAGAACUUAAUUUAUACUACAAUCUACGAAGAUAUGCAGGAAGGAGAAUAAUUCGACGACAUUAGUUUUGGUGUUUUGGAAUCUAGAUGACCACAAAAAUUGGAGCCACUAGUGCUAUUUAGUACGAAUUCGGGUCACAUCACCAAUAAGUUAACAUAUUGAUCCUAGCCACCCGGAGACUGUUAUGUAACAGACAAAAGCCAGUUCAAUACUUAAAUUCUUUUCUACAUCUCCACUCGUCAUCAUUGGGUCUCCUGCCCGCACUUAUCUUUUGUUUUGUGAUCGUAGAAACAUCUGUUUUUCUUUCCUUAUACAUUUUGUGUAAAGGAUGUGAAAGAAGUUUUGUGAGGCUAGACCACUAGUUAUUCUCUCAUUAUAGAAGUGAUUAUAAGGGCCGAUGUAAUGCUGCUUUUAGGACUGUUGUUUUCAAAAAACAUUACUUUUGUUUGCUGUAUCAAUUAGAUUUGUUGUCAUGAGUUAUGUUUCUUAAUUUUCAAAUGUAUCAUAUUACUCUUUAUAGUUUCCUUCGUGCCGGUUGUGAUGUAAUCUCUACGAACACAUAUCAGGCAUCACCUACAACCUUAGUUCAAGCGCUUAACAUAAGCAGAUCAGAAGCAGAAAAUCUAAUGCAUACUGCUGUCAUUUUGGCAAAAAGAGCAUGCGAAGAAGAGAAGCACUCGGAUAAUCCUAGUGAAUUUCAAAGAAAAUUGCCUGUUCUUAUUGCUGGAUCUUUGGGUCCAUAUGGAGCAUGCAUUGCUGAUGGAUCAGAGUAUUCUGGAUCGUAUGCAGAUAAAGUUACUUUUGAAGAGUUGGUUGAAUUCCACUUGUCAAGAGCAACUAUCUUAAUACAAUCUGGAGUUGACUUUAUAGCCUGGGAAACAGUUCCACUUUUGAUUGAAGUCUCAGCAAUAUGUGAAGUUAUGCGUAGACUACCAUCAGCAUAUUGCUGGAUUUCAGUUUCCUCACCAGAUGGUAAAACAACUUCAGGUGGGGAUCUUCUCGUAUCUGUUGCCCAAGAAGCAGAAAAAUGUGAUCAGGUUUUCGGCAUUGGAGUUAAUUGCAACAUACCUCAUAAUCAUAUCGGUGAAGCCCUUGCAAACUUAUCUUUGCAUAAAUCGAUAGAUCCUGGAAGUACUUCAAACAAGUUAUUGUUAUUUUAUGCCAAUGAUGGGAGUCACUGGGUACGAGAUGAUAACGAUGACGGUAAAUCUGCUUACUUUACGUGUCACUCUCAAUACAACGAUGAAAGUUGGCUUCAGAGCACUAUUCGAUGGGCGAAACGUCGUGAAGUUCACAACAGUGAUCACCUCCAUCAGUCAAGAGAAAACAAUCACACUUUAGCUCAGUGGGUCGGAGGAUGUUGCAAUGUUGGACCUGAUUGUAUUAAACAACUUGCAAAAUGGAUGAAGCCUGAUGAAUUUAAUGAUUUGUGAUGUCGGCUCGACAAACUGUUAAAAAAACUUUUAAAAAUGAUUAUUUCAGGACAUCUGUCUGUCUGCAGUUUAAUGCAUCAAGAUUUCACCUACGGCUUUAUUUGUCUACAAAUCAUAUUUUGAACUCCUAAUAAUAAAGGCUUGUCUUCAACACUGUGUCACUAGAGGCGUGAAAUAGGCUCUUCACCAUAAAUUGGGUUCGCUUGAAUAACUGCUGAUAAAAAGAACAAAAUGACAAUAUUUGGUACUUAUUGUGUUGUGAAUUGAUUGGAUUUACAGAAACACAAAUUAUUGAGUCUUAACUAAUUUCCUACAGGUCUUGUUAAAAGUCGUUAAUCUUGAGUUCGAAACUAGGAUGAAUGCUACGAGAGUUU